AAAAAUCAUGGAUAUUUUGAGGGGCGUGACAGAGGUGGUAUCAGAGCAUUGUUUGAGGAUUACUGAAAUAUUUGAUAUGUUGACGUGCAAAAUAUAUUGAGGUCUAAUGAACUAUAGUGAUUGGUGGAAAUUUUCUUUGAUGUAUUUUAGGAAUCUGGGAUGAUGAGGACAUUUGGUCCUCCUAUUUCAUUGUUUCUGAUUAAUUAAGGGGAAUGAAAGGAUUGAUUGGGGAUAUUGAAUCAGAGUGGCGCAGCGGAAGCAUGGUGGACCUAAUUUCAUUGGUGGUAGAAAAAUGAAUGAUGCAAACAGAGAAGAUAUUUGAUGUACAAAAUUGUUUUGAUGAUCAAAAGAUUUCUUUUGCCACCUUAUAUUGGAAGUAGAGGCUGAUUAUUAUUGGCAAUAAUGAAAAGAAUUUUUGGAGAUCAGUGACAAGAAUGAUAAGGACAAGUUUACCAAUAAGAAUAUGAUUGGAAAUGAAUCAGAAAGUAAUGACAAGAGGGUCAAGACAUUUGGAUUUGAAAAGGAAAGUCACCACCAAAGACUUAAUCAUGUGUGAAUUACAAGUUAAAUUAUGAAACAAGUUUGUGUUUUCGGGUGAUUGGAGUCUAUUUUGCUUGUAGAAAGUUGGAUCAUAAAAUAAAAGUUUGCCCUUUGAACAAGAAGAAAGAGUCACUGCCUCAUAAAUCAUCAGCCCAUGUAAGAGUGUAUGCUAUCACUGAAUAUGAUUCUGAAACUUCUGAAUUAGUGGUCAAAGGUAUUAUGCAUGUUUAUGAAAGAAUGCAAAUAUUUGUUCGACCAUGGGUCCAAUCUACGAUUUGAUUCGUAAUAUUUUGCUUAUCACUUGGGUAUUCAACCUAGACCACUACAUUAUGUGCUAUAAGUAAAUACGAUCAUUGGAGAUUCUUUGAUAACGAAGUUGAAUCUGGUCCUCUUGUCUGAUUCUUAUUGGAGAACUUGAACUUUUGCUGAUUUAGUUCUCCUAGAGAUUUGGAGUUUUGAUAUUAUACUUGGUAUGGAUUGGCUAUCUUCCUAACAUACCAGUAUGGAUUGGUAUAUAACAAAUGAUCACUUUUUGCAUAUUUGAUCAGCCGAUCUUUUAUUUUGAGAGUAUUGGACAUUAUUUAUCUCCUUGCCUAAUGUAUCCCAGGAUGACUUGUUUGGAUUACCUCCAAAUGUGAUUUUGCUUUUGAUUUGGUCCUUGGGACAAUCCUAAAAUCUAAGCCUCUCUACAGAAAGAUAUCAUUUGAGUAAGUGGAAUUAGAAAAGUAACUACAAGGAUUAUUAAAUGAGGAUUUUAUUUGGCUUAAUAUUUCAUCAUGGGGUGCUCCGGUGUUAGUUAAAAGAUGGAUGGAACAUUGAGGCUUUGUAUUGAUUAUAGAUAGUUGAAUUAGGUGACCAUCAAAAAACGAGUAUUUUCUGAAGUAACGACUUGUUCGAUUAAUUACAGGGUACGCAAGUAUUUUUAGAAAUUGAUUAAAGGUCGGGUUACCGUCUAUUGAGGAUCAAGGAGGAGAAUAUUUCGGUCACUCGUGGAUAAUUAUGUAAUUGUAUUGUAUUGAUGAAACUAUUUAAGAGUAGGAGGAGGAAAUAAAGAUAUCAUAAUCCUCAUCUUUUCAUCGAUUGAGCUAUGAUCAAUUUAGAGGACUAAAUUUUCUUUUAAGGGGGGGAGAGUGUAAUAUCCCUCGCUUUUAAAAAUUAUUAAUAAAGAUUUAUAUGUAAAUUGGAGGACCUAUAUGUAAAUAUAGAAAUUACAAGGACUAAACUGCUAAGUUGCAAAAAAAAAAGAAAAAAAAAAGGGAAAACCGAAAAUUCGGUAUUAUCCCACCGCCUCCCACGCACUCUCUGUUUCUUCGAGAAACAGAGAGGAGCGGUGGGGCAUGAGGAGUGAAGAAAAGAAGAAGAAGAGGGAAAAGAAGAGAGGAGGAAGAAGAGAGGAAGAAGAGGGAGAAGAGAAGAAGAAGAAGAAGAGGAGGUGGCUGCAGCGAGGGCUGCAGCGAGGAGCUGUGGGGCGUGGGGAGAAGAAGAGAGGAAGAAGAGGGAGAAGAGAAGAAGAAGAAGAAGAAGAAGAAGAAGAAGAAGAGAGGAGGAUAGCUGCGGCAAGGCUGCAGCGAGGAGGUGUGUGGCUUUGGGGAGGAAAAGGGAAGAGGAGAAGAAGAGAAGGAGAAGAAGAGGGAAAAGAGAGGCAGCUGCAGCAGCCAGGGCUGCAGCACCUCUGUUUCCCGCAGGUGGAAACAGAGGAGAGGAUGUGUGGGGCGUUGAGGAUGAAAAGGGAAGAAGAAGAAGAAGAAGAAGAAGAAGAAGAAGAAGAAGAAGAAGAAGAAGAUAGCUGCGGCAAGGCUGCAGCGAGGAGAUGUGUGGCCUUGGGGAGGAAAAGGGAAGAGGGGAAGAGGAGAAGAAGAAGAAGAGGAAGAGAAAGAGGUGUGAUACCUCUGUUUCCUGCAGAGGAAACAGAGGAGAGGGUGUGUGUGACGCCGGGGAAGAAGGGGCUGCAGCUGCGGCGAUGGCAGCUGCAGCUGGAAGAGAAGAAGAAGAGGAAGAUGAGCAGGGGAGGAGGGAGAGGUUGCGGCCGUGGCUGCGGCCGCGACUGCAGCAGUUGCAGCGGGGAGAGAAGAAGAAGAAAGGAAGGAGAAGGAAGAGGAGAAGGGAAAGAAGUAGCUGCGGCUGCGGUUGUGGCAGCUGCAGCUAUGGCAGGGAAAGAGGAAGAGAAAAAGGAAAGGAAGAAGAAGAGAAAGGGAAGGAGAGGAAGAAGAGAGGAAGAGGAGAAGGGGCUGCGGCUGCGGCGAUGGCAGCUGCAGCUGUGGCAGGGAAAGAGAAAAAGGAAAGGAAGAAGAAGAGAAAGGGAAGGAGAGGAAGAAGAGAGGAAGAGGAGAAGGGGCUGCGGCUGCGGUGAUGGCAGCUGCAGCUGUGGCUGGGAAAGAAGAGAAGGAAAGGAAGAAGAAGAGAAAGGGAAGGAGAGGAAGAAGAGGGGAAGAGGGGAAGAGGAGAAGGGGUGGCAGCUGCAGUUGGAAGAGAAGUAGGAGAGGAAAUAGAAUAGCAGAGGAAGAAGAGGCUGCGGUUGUGGUGGCUGCGGCCAUGACUGCGACUGCGACUGCGGCAGUUGCAGCUGGGAAAGAAAGGAAAGGAAAGGAAGAAGAAGAGAAAGGAAGAAGGGAAGGAGAGGAAGAAGAGAAGGGGCUACGGCUGCGGCGAUAGCAGCUGCAGUUGGAAAAGAAGAAGGAGAGGAAGAUGAGCAGGGGAGGAAGAAGAGGUUGCGAGUGUGGUGGCUGCGGCCGUGGCUGCGACUCCGGCUGCGGCUGCAACGUUGGUUGCGGUAGCUGCGGCAGCGGUGGUGGCUGCAGUAGCUGCAGUAGCUGCUUUUGGGAAAGAGAAAGAGUAGGAACGAGAGAAGGGAAGAAGGAAAUAGUGCAGUGGAAGGGGGCUGCGGUUGUGACCGCAGUUGCGGUCGUGGCUGCGAUUGUAGCAGCGGCAACGGCGGCGGCUGUGGCAGCUGCGUUUGGGAAAGAAAAAGAAGGAAUGAGAGUAAGAGAGAGCAGGUGACUGUGCCUCGAUGUUCGACACGUGAUGUAGUUGCGAAGAAAGGAAGAAAACGGGGGCACAAAACGAAACAGAGAGAGAGGACACGGAGAAAAAGUAGAAGGAUUUGGGCUGGCACCUUCUUUGGAUCUUCGGAUCGAAAUCUUUGAAAGGUCAGCUUGUCACUCUUCGAGAUGUUUGAUUUGGGCUGAGGCAGUGGAUAGCUAUUCAGAAUAAUGGGCAAGUCUGGUUGGUUAUUACGAUAUUGUUGUAUAAGUAUGUCUUGUAUAUAAUGAAAUGUUGUCGAUGAACCGAAAUAGAUAUACUGUGUCCAAGUAUUAGGAGAUCUCUCUUAUUUGGAAUUUCAGAAUGUUAAGUCUAAUUUAUGGUGAUAUGAACUUGUGGUGAAUAGUUGGAGUUCUGAUUGUAUAAUUUAUUUAGCUUGUGGAUUUAUAAAUGUUGUUCAUGUUUGUCAAGUUGGCUUGGGUUGCCAUAAAUGUGAA